UUCACCUUUCAUUCAUUUUCUCUUCUAUUUUUACUCUUCAUUCACAUCACAUUUUUCCUUCGACAUUUUGUUUCUUUAUUAUUGUUUUGCAAUUUUCUUCUUUCAACUCAUCUAAUUAUCGAUUAACUGUCAAUCUCAAGCAUGGGUGUUAAAAUUUACGUGAGCGGAAUCUCUGCAAGUAAAGAGGUCAAGAAACACCAGCAACGGGCACAGUUCAUUCUUGACUCGUUUAGAAUUGAAUAUGAGAAAAUCGAUGUGACCGAACCAGGAUUUGAGGAGGAGAAACAACGAAUGAAGGAAAUUUGUAAGCAGAGAAGUGACCAACCUGCUCUUCCUCCUCAGUUCUUCAACGAUGAUCAAUAUUGUGGAGAUUGGAUUGACUUCGAAACUGCCAGUGAAUUGGAUACUCUGCCAGAGUUUUUAAAAAUUAAGAUGUCCAGUUCGACAAUAGAAAAGUCGAAAGAAUCAACUGAAGAUGAGGAACAAGUAACGGAAACCAAAGAGGAAUAAAUUAAAUCUAUGAAAACAAUUGUUCUACCCCAAAUUAUAUCCAAAUCAUUAAACAAGACACGAGUCAAUAUGAUGAACAAUUAAAAGCGAAAUUUCAAAAUUUGUCAA